AUCCUGCCCAGCAAAGAAGCAAUUAGGCAAAAUGAUGCCUGGAGGCUUAACUGAAGCCAGACCUGCCACUCCAGAUAUCCAGGAGAUUGCUAAUGAGGUUAAAUCACAGCUUGAAGCAAAAACAAAUCAGACUUAUGAAGAAUUUAAAGCCGUGGAGUAUAAAACUCAAGUGGUUGCUGGAACAAAUUACUACAUUAAGGUUCAAGUAGGUGAUAAUAAUUAUAUUCAUCUGAAAAUAUUCAAAAGUCUUCCUCACCAAGGUGGGUCUUUGACACUUACUGGUUACCUGAUCAACAAGAGCAAAGACGAUGAGCUGAAGGGCUUUUAGCGGCAUGUUCCAAAAGUGGUCUGAUUCCUUCCACUGGCUACCGAUUAAUGAUCCCUGCUAAUAAAUGUAAUUAUCAAUAAAGAAUUGCUUUUAAAAUAAGUUGAUUUUUUCAACUAUU